AUGAAUGUAUUUCCUCAGACGACACUUGCCUCACGGCGUCGGAGGAUUGCCAAGGCCUGCGACUUUUGCCGCGAACACCGGGUGCGAUGCGAAGCUGCCACUCCGUGUCCCCCUUGCGUGGCCAACAAUAUUGUGUGCCGUCGAUCUCGCCCUGUGAAUCCUCCGCGAAAGGUUUCUCAGAGGUGCAGGAGGAAUUGCAUUCAGCCCCCCGGCCGAGGAGUUCUCAAACAAUCCGCGGAUCGGUCCUCAGUAGAAAGAACUCCGGUCAACGAUGCCCAGCCCGUGGAGUCAGUCCCGCCGCCAUCGCCAUCAGCAUCGGCAAAUCUGGCAUGGACUUCACACAAAAUCGACUCAACUCUAGGCUUCAUUGCUCGUAUCAAUGCUUUCUGUGGCGGAGAGUCGCAGUUGUCCCCCAGCGCUACUGCACCGGGCAGCAAUCCAUCUCUGGGCCAUAUAUCACCUUUCCCAUCCACCGUUCUACCGGAACCACAGGGGCCAGAUUGUGACCUAUCUCCCUCUCAGAUUAAUCAUUUGAUGCGCUUUUUCUGGUCUCGUCUUCGACCAUUGAUGCCGAUUGUGGAGUGGAAGGACCUGACUUCCUCUUCCCGACACCCCCCCUUACAAGAUGCCGUCACGGCAGUCGCUUUACAUUAUGUGUACCACUCCAAACUUCACACCAGACUUGUUGGUUUCAAUUGGCCACAAUUCGAGCGCAGGUCGUCGACGGUCGGAAUGCCUUAUUUCCAACGCAGUCUUCCAGCUGUCACCCAACUCACAACGUUCGCUGCCCCCUCCUUACCCGUCAUUCAGUGCUACUGUUACCUGACUACAUACCUCCUCGAUGCGGGACAUCACCAGGCAGCAUACAAUAUGGUGGGACUAGCCUUGCGGAUCGCCCAGUCAAUGAACUAUAUGGACGCCCGACAUCGUGGACAACCAGUAUGCCAGCUCUUCCGGCGCCUGUGGUGGACAUUAGUCUGCCUCGACUUCCGCUGCUCGCGGCAUGUUGGGAAACCGGUCACUGUUCUUAUCGAAAAUCUUAUAUGGCUGAUGCCUAACAGAGAGCCACAAGAUGUCCAUCUGUCGAAUGGGCUGCUCUAUCAUACCGAGUCCAUCCGCCUGACAGCUGCUGCCUUGGCCGUGAGCGAGGCCAUGGGUCACCGUUCCGUGCUGGAUGGGGCGGUUGACCCCGCGCACCUCGAAAGACGAGCAAAGUGUUUGUCCGAUAGUCUAUACCACCUCCAAGACUGGUGUGAUGCGGUGUCUCGAACACAGGUUUUUCCCGACUUAUUCUUCGAGGUACCCGACGUACCACCCGAUGAUACCCAAGAUGCCCCGGAGCUUGAAGGUCAAUCCAGGGACCAAUCAUCGAUGGUCACCUUGCUGAGCACAUUACUACUACUUCAAUACCACAAUGCCAUCAUCAGCCUACACCGCGUCUUCGUCCAGUUCCCCUCCUACCCGUUCGUCCCGAAGUCACACCCCAAAGCCGACGCCCACGCUGCAACAGCGCUCAACCACGCCUUGACGAUGAUUCGAACCACCCAUCAGCGAAUGGGGCUAUACGAAGUCUUGCACGGCCUCUCGGAGAUAUACCAGUACCAGUGGAAUGCCGUACUGACCAUCAUCGGGUUCAUGCUCGCGUACCCCUACUGCCACCGGUGCGCCCGAGCCAGAGCGCACCUCGACUUGGCUCUCGAAAUCUUCGACUUGGCUGGUAGUGAAAACAUCACCGCAGCACGAGCCGCUGCUCUCACGCGACAGCUCUGCACCAAGACCGAUACGCUGGUGCAGGUUCUCGGUCCCGGUCACCCUACGCCUGCUCCCACCGCGGAGAGUGAACCAUUGCAUGACGUGUUGUCGGACCCUUCCGCGUGGCCUGUUAUGCGGACGGAGAGAACUCCGCUUCCGGAGGUUGACGAUGAGGCACAUUGGGCCUGGGCGGAUUUGAUCAACUGGGAUGCCUGGUCGAGUUACUGCGAGGGCGUAAGCGAGGCGUUUAUGGAUGCGGUGGAACUCACACCGCCACAGACUUGACGUAAGGAAUGUCAGCACUAUGUAGUACCAUAUGUGUUGAACCCACCAUCCACUUCAAUACCUAUCUCCAAGAAGCAUGGUUCAUAUCGCCUAGUUAUACUACCUAUCAUAUUUUUAUUCAGCA